AUGGAGGCCCUGAACAGAAGCGACGCUGACGACCUGACGAGCAGGCUCCAUCUCGGGGGGCAUCUCCACCGACUCCUGGUGGAGGGCUCGCACGGCGGGCAUGGCCGUGACGACUUCCGCGAGGAGGGCGGCUUCGUCGUCGUGAUUCAGCUGCUGUCCUCGCUCGAGAGCUCCAGCCCGCAACACAGGCGCAAGAGGGCCUUGUCUCUCGCACGGGGGGACGUCAGCCGUGCCGAGACCGACUUCACUGGCGACAAAAAGGUUACGCCCGACCCCGCUGCCGAAACAGGCGGAGCGGGCGUGGCGGAGGACGAUGACGACGAUCCCGAGAUCCGCGAGCGGCUCCGCGUCGAGAUCUUCAAGCUCGCCCUCUCCAUCCUCUCGGAGUCCAUGCAGCAGCACCCGCUCAACGUCAAGGCCUUCGACGAGACGGUGGGCUGGAAGCACCUCGGGUCCUCCAUCGUCCUGUCGACCAUCGGGCAGACAUCGCCGGACCAUCUGUUCGGCUCGCUGCUCGGGCUCUGCAUGGGCGAUGUUUCCACCUACAGCGGCAGGAUCGACAGCCUUCGGCGCGAGAUUGAGAAGCAGGCGGCGCAAAAUCAGGCUACUGGAGAGGGGGACGCAGCGAGCGGGGCGGGAGCCGAGGCUGUCAUCGCGGCCCGAGCCCAGGAGGUCUGGUCCGCACCCAUCGUCUUUCCCAAUGCGUCGCUCUUGGUGCUCGAGAUGAUCCAGGGUCUUGGCCGGAACGACCCGCUGCUGAGCAAGAUGGUUGCAGGCAUCCUCGAGAGGAUGGCCACCUCGAGCAAGCGCAACCAGGCGCUGCUUGCAGGGACUGGUCUGGCUUCUCGGCUGCUCGAGCUCGUACUGCGCCAGGACGGAUCGGUCGACGAGGGCCGCCUGAGCUACCUUCGCAUCGUGAGGCACCUCUUGGCCCUCGGGAUCCCUGAUGUCGAUGGUCGCAAGAUCUUCCGCAACCUCGUCGAGUCCGGGGUGCCCCUCGAGCAGAACACGCUCCUCGACCUGCUCCUCGACGUCUCGCCGCUCUCGCGUGAGCGGAACAGCAUCACCUUCACCAUGGCCGAGUACGGCCACGCCUCCGUCGCCUUCUCCACGCUGCGGCGCCCGUUUCCGCCGGGCCCAGACUCGAGAGGCUUCACAUUCGUCACCUCAUUCUGCAUCGACCGCAUCGAGCCGAGCCUGCCGCUGGAGCUGCUGCACAUCUUCGACGCCCACCGCACGUGCUCCGCCAGACUCACCAUCGAGCCCGGCACGGGCCUGCUGACCUACUCGACGCUCCAUCAGCCGCCGCCGGUCCGGUUCAAGGCGUUUCAGUUCGUACCCGGGCGCCUCUACCACAUCGUGUUUGCGCACUCCAGGCCCAGGGGUGGCGCCAAGUCGUCGCUCGUCCAGCUGUUCGUGGACGGUCUCCUGAUCGAGGAGAAGCUGGCACCUUGGCCGCCAUCGCCGCCGAACCUCGGGAGCCCCGUCCGCGCGGUGCUGGGCUCUCCACCCAACGCCCAGGCGCGCAUGUCUGGCGAGAUGGGCGGAUCCCACGGCAGCGGCGGCGGUCGCAUCAACCGGCUGGUGUGGUCGCUCGGCCCGACCUGGCUGCUCGACGACCUGCUGCCCGUCGACAUGCCGCUUGUCCUCUGCGAGCUCGGGCUGCGCUACUCUGGCAAUGCCCAGGACAGCCUCGGCCGCUUCCUCACCUAUCGUGCUAGCGCCCAGAUCAACCUGCGGCUCGACGCCGUCGCCCGCAGCUCCGGUGCCAAGGCCGAAAAGGAGCUUGCCCGGCACCCGCUCGUCAUGGCGGUCGCGGCCAAGUCGUCGGAGCUGGUGCACGAGGACCGCUUCUACUUUGUCCUCAACGCGGCCAACACGGCUCAGCUGGAACGCCUGCCUCGCCGCUCGGCGCCCGAAGGCGGCGCGGCCGAUCCGUCGUACCGUUCGUCUUCCACCGUCAUCCUCAACCAGGCGCUGCCCAUGACGCGCGAGGCGAUCGGCGCAUCGUACGGCUUCGCCAAGCUGUACGGCGACCCGGUGCUUUUGAUGCCCAAGGGCACCGACGAGCUGGUGUGGAGGCUGGGCGGCAGCUCGGUGCUGCUGCAGCUGAUUGACGCAUCGACGACGGCGCUCGCGCUGCGCAAGACGCUGUCGCUCUUCUUCGACCUGGUCUCGUCGUCGUGGCGCCUGAGCGAGGACGUCGAGCGGUCCAAGGGCUACGAGGUGCUGGGCCAUCUCCUCCGCAGCAAGGCGCACAUCCUGGAACCCGCCACCCUCGAGCUGCUGCUGGCCGCCAUCGGCAUCGACUUUGCGUACAUCGAGCAGUCGGUGCUGGUCAACCCGUUCCUCUACCGGAUCAUCAUGCUCGACUUUGAGCUGUGGUCCCAGACGAGCGAGUCGAUGCAGCUCGUCCACCUGGACCACUUCAAGAUCCUGCUGAGGACGUCGCGGCAUCGACGCUUCAAUGCCAAGCGGGUCGCCAAGAUGCAGAUCCCCAAAAAGAUCGUCUACGCGCUCCGCUCUCGUGUUUACGGCACGACGGCGGCUCAGACGCUCGUCGUCGCGCUCCGCGCCGUGCUCAACAGCGGCUUCACCGACGCAUCGAUCCGCAUCGUGACGUCGUACCUGGCCACCGAGCUGUGCCGUGGUCCCGAGGCGCCGCUGGCCAAGGCGCCCAUCGCACGGAGGUCCAACACGCUGGUCGCCGGCGCCCUCGACUCGACGGAUACAGAGGGCCUUUCGCAGCGACUGUCGGCCGGCAGCGGUGGGGAUGCUGCCGGCAGCGGCAGCAGCGGCGGCGACGAAGACCCGACUGUACCGCUCCAGGUGUUCGAGAUGCUGUCGGAGCUCGUCCUCGAGAAGCCGGCGUACCUGCAAAAGUUUGCCGAGGCCAUCAACGUCAAGUGGCUGCUGCUCUUCUUCCACCCUCGCGCCGAGCGGAGGGCGGUCUCGCUGGCCCUCGAGCUGCUCGUCAAGCUGCUCAACCGCCCAAAGCUUGGCUUCGCGGAGCGCUUCACGGCCGCGGGCGGCUUCAAGGUCAUGGAGCGGCUCCUUCCGCGCUUCUGGUCGACGCCGAUGACGCUGUCGCUGCUCUGGUCGACGCUCUUUGGUAUGGACGGCGCAGGCGUCCCGGCCCUUGUACCGACGUUUUCCCCGGCCGCCGAUGGGGGCGCGGAGCGCACCAUCUUCUGCCCACCCGCGAUGCGCGCCAUCCUCUCGUGCGCCAAAGAGGGACUCCGUUCGGUGGCACUGCGCGGCGACGAGCCAAAGCGCAGGGCGCACUUCCAAAAGGGCAGGCCUUCGGAUCUGCUCGAGCCACCGACGAGCAGCGACCGGCCGAGGCAUGCGCGGAAACGGAGCCAGUCGAUGAAUGUCGACGUCAAGGGUCUGCAGGAGGCGUUCAAGACGUCGAACGAGCUCGGCGUGCUGCAGGAGACGCUCGAGCUUGUCCGCGCCCACGCCUCGGCAUCUCACUUCUUUCGAGAGGUGCUCUUCUCGCCCAUCGUGCUUCGCGGCCUCAUCGACGCCAUCUUCCCCUUUGUGGGCACAGAUCGGAGCGGUUCUGACCUCGCAGGGCACGGCAAGCUGGCCACCGACGUGGCCGAGCUGUGUGGCCCCGUGCUCGAUAUGCUGGCACGGCUCGCGGUCGACUCGAUGCUGUCCACCCGGUCGACGGCCAUCGUGUCUGCUCUGACCACAGCGCUACCGCCGACCGAUUUGGCGAGGCAGGCUAGCUUCCGCACCUCGCUCUACGCCGACAUCACCGUCCACCUACGCUCGGCGAUCCAGCAGACGCCCGACGUGGCCCGCUCGGCCACCGAGGCUUUGGCCGAAUUCAUCGAGAAGGCGUCCGAAGACAUCCUCAACGGAUCGCCGCUCGAGGGUGCCCUGUUUGGCAUCAUUGUCGAUCUGCUGCGCCUGCUCGAUGAUCGUCCCGAGCUGAGCCAGUCGCGCGCCACCUCGCUGCUGCUGCUCAGCCUCAACCGCAUCCUGCUACAUCGGCUCACGCUCGACGACCGCAUCCUCGCCACGCUGACCGAGAUCACCGAAGCGCAGAGCCUCGUCUUUCUCGACGCCAACAAGGAUCCGACCUUCUUCGAGUGCCUUGGGAAUCGGGUGCUCUACUACCUUGCCACCAGUACCGACGAAGACGUGCGGCAGCUCGCCUUCAACCUGCUCAAGCUGAUGACGCUCUCCAGGCCGACCGUGGUCGAGUCCAUCCUCGCCGACGGCAAGACGGCGCCGGACCUCCUUGGCGCCAACACCUCGACCGUCGGGGAGAUGCUCCGUGUUGAGUCGCCGCAGGGCGACGGCAGCGCCUACCCCUAUCAAGAGUCGUGGGACGGCUUCUUCAAAUCCCGCGAGACGCUCAAGGCGGCCGCCCAUCUGGAGCGGGUGCAGCAGCUCCACGAGAUGCUCAAGCGGGUCGACACACGGGAGCAAGCGGUCAUCAAUACCGAGAGCCGGAUGGUCGCCUGGCACGCCAGCCUGUGCGAGGCCGAGCAGGCAAGGUUCGCCAAGUUCGCCAGCGACGCCCGCGAGAUGGACGCGUUUGCCGCCACCGAGUGGCGGGGCCUGCUCGCCGGCCUCGAGCGCGAGCGUGCGCUGCUGGCGCCUGCCGACGGCGGCCUCGACUCGACCGAGGGUCCUGCCCGAGUGCGGCUCAAGCUGCAGCAGCUGCCGCUCCAGGAGAAGGAGACGGACGAGGCCCCCUAUCGGCCAGAGUCGACCGUCGGUGGCGAUACCAUGCCGUCUUCGCCCAUCGAGCUGGGCCAUGGCGACGAGUGGGGCAGCGCCGACGCGGGUGCGCUGUCGCUUUCUCCGUCCUCAGGCGCUGCUGCCCUUCCCCCUGCGCCCGUGGCUCCUCCUCACCACCGGGCCGGCGGCGCCACCACGACCUCGGAGUCUUUCAACCCAGAUGCACAGCCUGUGUCCAACGCUGCCGCCACCGCCGCCGCCGCAGCAGCAACAGCAGCAUCGACCUCUGCCAGCUCCCUGCACGACGAUGGCGCGGGCGAAUCGGGCGAGUCGCACCACGAGGACAAGUACCGGCGCGUCCUGCGUUCGCUGGAGCGCGGCGACAUCAUCGAGGCGGUCUACAACACGUCCCGCGUCGUCGGCAUCGAGUCGCGCGGCUGCCUGUUGAUCCUCGGCAGGACGUCGAUCUACCUGAUGGACGACUACUUCCAACGUCCCAACGGAGAGCUGAUCAACGUGUGGGAGGCGCCUCCCGAGGAGCGGGACACGCUCGUCAUGGCGACGCUCUCGUCGGAUGCCUCGCGGCCCUCGGGCCUGAUCGCCCAGCUCGAGGGCGAUGCCCAGACACGCAAGUGGCCGUGGUCGGCGGUGCAGAUCUGCCACCGUCGGUCCUGGCUGCAUCGUCGGACGGCGGUCGAGAUCUUCUUUGAGGACGGCCAGAGCUGCCUCCUCGUCUGCCGCCAGACGGUGACGGCUCAGAAGCUGUACCAGGAGCUGCGCCAGCGUGCACCUUCGGCCGUGUCGGCGGCCGAGGCGAUGCGCGAGGGUAUCCGCGAAGGCACCUCGGGCGCAUCCGGCGGUGGCGGCAACAGCAUCAGCCUGGGCUCGCGCCUCGCCGGCGCCGUGCUCGGGCGGACGCAGCAGUGCGGAGCGCUGACGGCAGCCUGGCGCGACGGCCGGAUCAGCAACUUUGCCUACCUGAUGGACCUCAACACGCUGGCAGGGAGGUCGAUGAACGACCUGACCCAGUUCCCGUGCUUCCCCUGGGUGCUGGCCGACUACCACAGCGUCGAGCUCGACCUCACCGAUCCGGCCACGUUCCGCAAGUUCGAGCUGCCGAUGGGCGCGCAGACGGCACAGCGGCGGCGCGAGUUCGAGGAGCGCUUCGGCCAGCUGGUCGAGGUCGACAUGGAGCCGUUCCACUACGGCACGCACUACUCGACGGCGGCCACGGUGUGCGGCUUCCUGAUCCGGACGCGGCCGUUUGAGCGCCUCUACAUGGCGCUGCAGGGCGGCAACUUUGACCUGGCCGACCGCACUUUUAGUUCGAUUGGCAAAGCGUGGGCCUCGGCGUCGGAGCUGUCGCGCGGCGACGUCCGCGAGCUCAUCCCCGAGUUCUUCUACCUCCCCGAGUUUCUCGUCAACUCGAACCGCUUCGAGUUUGGCGUGACGCAGGCGGGCGAGGUCAUCGACGACGUCGAGCUGCCGCCGUGGGCCAAGGGCGAUCCGCUCCUGUUUGUCCAGAAGCACCGCGAGGCGCUCGAGUGCGAGUACGUCUCGCAGCGCCUCCACUCGUGGGUCGACCUGGUGUUUGGCUAUCGGUCCCGGGGUGCCGAGGCCGUGGAGAGCACCAACGUCUUCCACCCGCUCAGCUACGAGGACGCCGUCGACCUCGACUCGAUCGAAUCGUCGAUGGAGCGGCAGGCCGUGGCCCAGGUGAUCCACAACUUUGGCCAGACGCCCUCUCGGCUCUUUUCGCAGCCGCACCCGCAGCGCAGCCGCAGCGAGGUGGCGACGCUGCCGGUGGGCGAGCGCUUUGGCGUGCUCGAGCAUCCGCUGCUGCUGAUCCAGAGCGUGGCGCCGAUCCGCAGCCUCAAGAACGCGGUGCACUUCAUCUACCCGCACCACCCGGAAAAGGCGUUUGCGUCGCCGCGCGACUACCUCAUCCUGCCGCACCUCGGCGUCUCGCUGUCGCUGGGCCACCUCGACGGCAGCGUGCGCAUGUUUGGCGCGCGCGACGCCAAGCGGCCGCUGGCGGUCGUCGAGCAGCUGACGGCGGAGCGCAUUACGUGCAUCGCCCAGGCGCGCUCCAAGGCGUUUAUCGCGGGCAGCGCCGACGGCGUCGUGUCGGUGUGGACCGUGGACACGGCGGCCAGGGAGCUGACGCUGGCGAACGUGCUGCGCGGCCACGACCGGUCGGUGCUGUGCGUGGCGGCGUCGUCGGCGUGGAGCAUCGCCGUCAGCGGCUCGCAGGACCGGACGGCCAUCGUGUGGGACCUCAACCGCGGCAGCUACGUGCGUACGCUGCGCGGCCACGACGUCGGGGUGCAGCACGUUGCCAUCGACGACAAGGUCGGCUGCAUCGCGACGGCGUACGGGCCCGGCGUGCGGCUGUGGUCGAUCAAUGGCGAGCUGCUGGCGUCGGUGGCGACGAGCGCCAGCAUCCUCGAGCCCAUCUCGAGCCUGGCGUUUUAUGAGCGAGACUACCACGUGGGCCGCCUCGCCGUGCUCCUCACUGGACAUCGGGGCAAGGUGGUGGCCUGGCAAGCCGUCUUUGACGACGAUGGUCACGACGUCGGAGAGGAUGGCCGGCGCACCGGUUCGAGGCACGGGCUCAAGUCGUCGAAAUCGACCAACUCUCUCGGCGCCGGCGCCGCCACCGGCACCGGCGGCCCAGGUGAGGCGGCCCAGCAGGCGUCCGAGGGGCACUCGCGCAGCAGGAGCAAGGCGGGCGGUAGCGGCGGCGGCAGCGGAUCUGCUCUACCGCCAAUGCCGUCGUCGAAGACCAAGUGGAAGCUGGAGCGAUUCCACGUCCUGCAGCAUCAGGAACGGCUUGGAGCGGCGGCGGAUGCGACCUCGACCUCGACCUCGACCUCAACGACCUCAACGACCUUGACGACGACGAUGACGGCGCCGCUGAUUACGGCCAUCAGCAGCACGCGGCGGAUGGUGCUGACGGGCGACGAGGUGGGGCGUCUGUACCUGUGGACGCUGACGGGCGAUGCGGUGGGCGUGCCCGACGGCUUCUCGAGCCGCUGUAUGAAUGGCGGGUGCGGCCGGCGGUUUGGCGUGCUCGAGUCGCGGCGGACGUGCGGCGGGUGCGGCGGCCUGUUUUGCAACGGCUGCGCCGCCCACCACCGCCAAUUUGCCACGUCGAUCCGCUUCUGCCCGAGCUGCCACGCCGUCGUCGACUCGGCGCCCUACUUUUGA